AUGGAAGGCUCUUUCGGUGUGAGAAAAGGUGCAUCGACUGGGGAGGAAGAUAUUCGACUUAAGCAAUGCAUUGAGAAGUACGGUGAAGGAAAAUGGCACCUGGUUCCUGUCAGUGCAGGCUUAAAUAGAUGUAGGAAAAGCUGCAGACUGAGGUGGUUGAACUACCUGAAGCCAAGUAUCAAGAGAGGAAACUUCGCUGCAGACAAAGUUGAUCUUAUGCUCAGGCUCCAUAAGCUGCUAGGUAACAGAUGGUCACUUAUUGCAGGUAGACUUCCGGGAAGAACAGCUAAUGAUGUGAAAAACUAUUGGAAUACACACCUCCUCAAAAAGGGAAGUUCACACAUCACCAAACUGAAAGAAAAGCCCCAAGAUAUGGUGAAAGUGAAACUAAUAAAGCCACAACCUAGGAUCUUAUCCAAAAGCUUAACUUGGUUAAGUGGGAAACCUGCAAUUGUAGGAAGCUUUCAAAAAAAGGAAGAUAUCAUAGACAUAUCUCAAACAUCAAUGCAAUCGUUGAAUGAAGUGCCCAAGGAAACCUUUUGGGCAGAGGAAAUAGUACCAGAGGCAAAAGUUGUGGGGGACAAUCUAGAUGAGGAUGUCCUGAAUUAUUGGGGUGACUUUUCCCUUGAUAUGGACCUUUGGGAGGUUCUUAAUGCAGAAUAG